GGUGGGGAUAAUGGCGGGUGAAGAAGCGAAGAAGGUUCCAGCGGUCCCUGAAAGCCUCCUGAAGAGGCGGAAGGCCUUUGCGGCGAUGAAGGCCCAGCGCAUCAAGAAGAUGCUGGCCGAGAAGAAGGCCCGCAAAUCCACAAGGAAGCUGAUCUACAAGCGGGCCGAGUUCUACCACAAGGAGUACAGGGAGAUGUACCGCCGGGAGAUCCGCAUGGCCAGAACCGCCAGGAAAGUCGGGAACUUCUACGUCCCUGCCGAACCCAAGCUGGCAUUCGUCAUCAGAAUCAGAGGUAUCAAUGGCGUCAGCCCCAAGGUGCGCAAGGUGCUGCAGCUGCUCCGCCUUCGCCAGAUCUUCAACGGCGUCUUCGUCAAGCUGAACAAGGCCUCCAUCAACAUGCUGCGCAUCGCUGAGCCUUACAUCGCAUGGGGCUAUCCCAACCUGAAGUCCGUGCGCGAGAUGAUCUACAAGCGUGGCUACGGGAAGAUCAAGAAGCAGCGCAUCGCCCUGACAGACAACGCCCUCAUCGACAAGGUUCUCGGAAAAUACGGCAUCAUCUGCGUCGAGGACCUGAUCCACGAGAUCUUCACAGUGGGGAAGAACUUCAAGGCUGCAAACAACUUCCUGUGGCCCUUCAAGCUGUCCUCUCCCCGCGGAGGCAUGAACAAGAAGACCACGCACUUCGUGGAGGGCGGCGAUGCGGGCAACAGAGAGGACCAGAUCAACAGACUGAUCAGGAGGAUGAACUGAGGAGACCCGGAUUUUUGCUGGGAGUCCUUUUCUGGCCUGUAUAACAGUUAAAAAUAAACAUUUUUGAAAAGCGA